AUGCCCCGCCACACCUUCCAACCAACCCCCCUCUUCGGCGGCGCCCUCACAGUCGACCUCCCCACUAACUUCGCCGACGUCUCCAAGCUCCGCCAAGUCCCCGACAACCAAGAAGUCUACAUCGACAAAGACGGCUUCACCUCCAUCAUAGUCGACAUCACCGAGCGCGUCUCCUCCUCGUCCUCGUCCUCGUCCGACGACCCCCUCGAGCGGGACGCCAAAGCCCUGACCACCCACCUCGAGGAGCUCGUCGGCGUCGAGGACGCGGCCGAGACGGUUCAGGUGUGGAAUACAACCGAGACUCAGAUCAGCCACCUCUCGGAAGAUAUCCCCGCUUACACCUUGAUCGCGACGCAAACACACAGGCAGCGUGAGGGAGAGAGACAGGGCGCUCCCGACUUUACCGCGUUGAUCCUGACGCUGAUCAGGCUGGAGAAGGAGCAGACGGACAUCCUCGUGACGAUCAAUGUGCCGCACAUCAAGGGGGAGUAUGACGAGGAGGAGAUUGACCUGGCGAUGGGGAAGCAGGGCGAGCUGAUUGGGGAUGCGGUCGAGUAUGCGGCGAGGAUUUGGGAGAGUUUUGAUGUGAAGGAUUGGGGGCUGUUUAACGAGAUUUAG